CGAGUGGCUAUCUGCGAGGGGCCCCGCGGCUGCGGCACCUCGGCCGACGGGAGGGCGCUGCCUUGCUCCCCUCCUGCACCCCCGGGGGCAGCGGAACGGACCCCGAGCGGAGAGUUUCUGUCCAGGCUCCCGCGGCGGGCAGCAGCGUCCGGAUCCCGGCGCGGGCGAGCCGGAGAGGGGCGCGGGGAUGGCGGGGCGCGCUCGGCGGGGCGCGGCGGCCCCUGCCCCGGGCGCGGAGAGGCGGGCGGCGCUGGGGCUGCUGCUGCAGGUGCUGCUGGGCUGGGGCUCGGCUCAGCAGCCCGGCUCCUGCCCUGCGCCCUGCGAGUGCUCCGAGGCCGCCCGGACGGUGAAGUGCGUGAACAGGAACCUGACGGCGGUGCCCCGGGACCUGCCGCCCUACGCGCGGCUCCUCUUCCUCACGGGCAACCGGCUCGCCAGCCUCCCGCCCGGCGCCUUCCUUUCGUCCCCCCUGCCGCAGCUCAGCCUCCUCAACCUGAGCGGCAGCCACCUGCAGCAGGUGGAGGCCGGCGCCUUCGCCAGCCUGCCCAGCCUAAGGCAGCUGGACCUGAGCGGCAACGCCCUGGCCAAGCUGAGUCCCGAGGCCUUCGGCAACGCCAGCAGCCCCCUGGAGGAGCUGAACCUCAGCAACUCCCUCCACAGCCAGAGCGUGGUGCCCGCCCUGGCCGAGCUGCUGGCCUCGGGGGUGCUGGGCAACUUGAGCCGCCUGGAGCUGGCAGACAACAGGCUGAUCUCCCUGCCUGCGGGCAUGUUCUCCUGCCUGCCCAGCCUGCAGCACCUGGACCUGCGGAACAACUCCCUGAUGAGCUUGCAGGCCGCGGCCUUCCUCAGCCUGGCCCAGCUCCAGAGCCUUGACCUCAGCCACAACUCCCUGAAGUGCCUGAGGAACGCCACCAUCUCCCAGCUCCACAGCCUGCCCGCGCUCCGCCGGAUCAGCCUGGGCCACAACACCUGGGUCUGCGACUGCUGCCUCGAGCACUUGGUGAGCUGGCUCAGGGAGAGCGACCAGGUGGAAGGGAAAGAGGCCUUGAAGUGCUCUUAUCCUGACAAGAUGCGGGACAAACCCCUGGUGAAGACCAACAGCUCAGACCUGGACUGUUCUGUGCCUGUAGACAUCCAGUCCCAAUUGCAAACGUCCUAUGUCUUCUUAGGGAUAGUGCUGGCUCUCAUUGGAGCCAUUUUUCUCCUGGUUUUGUAUUUGAACCGAAAAGGAAUCAAAAAGUGGAUGUACAAUAUCAGAGAUGCAUGUAGGGAUCAUAUGGAGGGAUAUCACUACAGAUACGAGAUGAACGCAGACCCCAGGUUAACAAACCUCAGCUCUAGUUCUGAUGUAUGAAGAUACAUUAUGGAAGCAGGGCAAGGCACAGUAGCUAUGCACGGCUGCUACUGAAACCUGUCAUUAUGCAUGAAAUGUAGACUUAAGCUUUACCCCCAUGCUCACUUCCCCUCUUCCAGAGAAACAACAGAUUUAUUUGUGCCAUGUGGGGAAUAUGCCUCUAUGUAAUGUAAAGAUAAUGACUAUUUUCUGUUACCCUGAAACAUUGAGCAAUUUUGCAUGGUGUUGGGCUGUACAUAAGAAACAUGCUGCUAUUCCCUCCCCUCCCCGCACCUGUUUUUCUUUGGAACUUGCUCUCAAUAGUUAUUUGAAACAUUUUUCAAGAUCUAAAAUGAAAAAGGAUCCUCUUUGAUGUUCCCAAACCGCAAGAGCAUAUAAAAUUUACCAAUAGAGAUAUGAUCCAACAAAAGCUGCCUCAAGUUUUUUGGGAAAGAAGCUUUAUUCAUUAAUUACAGUUUUGUUCUUAGGUAUCCUGAGAAGAAAUACCUGCAGAUUUAAAAAGCUCCUAACAACUCUGUGCAAAGAAGCAACUAAAAUAGUGAGCAUGCACAAAUACUUUGUAGUUUUACAUGUUAGG